CAGUGGAGGAUCGGAUUGGUGUAGAAAUUACUUUGUUCAGAAGUCAGCAGGACUCCAUUAAUGUUUUGACGUGGUGCUGCACCGCAGUACACAACCACCCGCCAGAGCAGAACAGAGAGAUUAAUAGGUGGUUGAGGGGGAAGGGGUGGGGAGUCAAUACUCUGGAAGGAAGGAAGAAAGAAGAAAUAGAAAUUAAUCCAAUCCACCACCACCAAAUCUACUUUAACUUGCCUUUCUUUCCCUUUCUCUGACUUUUAAUAAAUAAAUGUAUCACCGCAGGGCAGCAGUUGCAGCAGCAGCAUCCCAUCUUCCCAUGCGUGGUGUGUAUGCUCAUUAAACAAGAAAUUAAAUUUGAUCAUGGGUACCAGGAGAGGAGCUGCAACCUACUUAUUAUUCGUAGCGGUUGCAGCUGGAAUGAUCUGCUCGAUCAUGGGAGGAGGAGUUGAUCAGUCAUCAAGCCCAAUGCGAGGGAGAAUUCAUUCUUUCCGCUCUCAUCUGCGGAGAAUGCAAGCGUCGGCUCCGUCAGGUGGGGGUGGGGGUGGGGCGAGCCCGGUCGUGUAUCAUGUGACAUCUUACGGCGCCGACCCAACAGGGGAAUCAGACAGCACCGACGCGAUCCUGGGAGCCAUCUCAGAUGCAGCAGCAGCAGCGGCAGCAGCGAAAGCGAAAGGGCCCGGAAAGGAGGGGUCCUUGAUGGACGGGAUCGUGAACCUUGGUGGAGCCAGGAUCGAUCUCGACGGCGGCAACUACCUCAUCUCCCGCCCGAUACAGCUCCCGGUGCCUGGAAGAGGGAACUUUGUGAUUCACGGAGGCUCGCUGACAGCAUCCAGUGACUUCCCCAACGAUGGGUAUCUGAUAGAUUUAUCCCCCUCCGGCAGCAACGGCAACGGCACCGGCACGGGGUCAUCGUCGCCGCCGGAAUACAACUACGAGUUUGUAACCCUGAGGGACCUGUUCCUGGACUCGAACCUACGCGGCGGCGGAAUACAGGUGGUGAACUCCCUGAGGACCAGCAUCGACAACUGCUACAUCACGCGCUUCAACACCACGGGCAUUGCGGUUAAGGGCGGCCACGAGACCUACAUCCGCCACUCGUACGUCGGGCAGCACGCCACCGCGGGGGGCGACCCCCACGAGCGGGACUUCUCCGGCACCGGGAUCGUGCUGGCCGGGAACGACAACGCGGUCACGGACGUGGUGGUGUUCUCGGCCGCGGUGGGAAUCAUGGUUCUGGGCCAGGCCAACACCCUGUCCGGGGUGCACUGCUACAACAAGGCCACCGGCUUCGGGGGCACCGGGAUAUACCUCAAGACCCCCGGGUUGACCCAGACCCGGAUCCUCAACUCGUACAUGGACUUCGCGGGCAUUGUGGCGGAGGACCCGGUGCAGCUCGCCAUCAGCGGCACCUUCUUCCUCGGGGACGCGUACGUGCUGCUGAGGUCCGUGAGGGGGGUGGCGGACGGGGUGAGCGUCGUGGACAACAUGUUCUCCGGGUCGGGCAGGGGCGUGGAGAUCGUGCAGCUGGAGGGGGCAUUCACCCAGGUGGACCAGGUGGUGAUCGACAGGAACAGCGUCCGAGGGAUGCGGGCCAGGGCCACGGUGGCCAGGGGGAGCGUGGAGGGGGACAACGGCAACGGCACCACCUGGACUGCGGACUUCAACUCGGUGCUGCUCUUCCCGGACCUGAUCAGACGGGUGCACUACACGUUCGUGACGAACGGGACCUCCUUCCCGGUGCAUGCGGUGCGGAGUACAUCCAACAACAGGGUCGUCAUCCAGUCGAGUGCCGCCGCGCCUGCUGCCUCUGUACUGCUGCACAUCACCGCCGAUCAGGGGGAACCAGUGGCUUGGCUGCCUUCCUAGCCUAGCCUAGCCUAGCCUAGCCUAGCUUCCUUCUCACUCUAAUACCAACCACAACAAUUCCUGACUAGCUAGCCAUAUAUAAAUACUACUCCGAUAUAUAUUUAUAUAUAUAUAUUUAAUUAUUCUCCACAUAUAUAUACAUAGAUGAUAUACUCAUUCAUGUGUUAGCUUCUUUGAGCGUCUCCAACCAUGUUCUAUUUACGGUGUUUCAUCACCAUUUUUGCCGCGCCAUUUCAUACACUAAAUUU